CUUUCCACAAAUAUAAAACAAUCUCAUCACAAGCAAGUUAGCAGCACAACACUCUUCACUACUUUUAAUUUUUUAUAACACAUAUAGUAUUAUCAUAUCAAGAAGAUGAAUGCCUCUCAAAUUCAUAGAGCUCAAAAGGCCGAAGGACCUGCAAGCAUUUUGGCCAUUGGCACUGCAAAUCCACCAAACUGUGUUGAACAGACUACAUAUCCUGAUUUCUACUUCAGAAUCACAAACAGUGAGCACCAGACCAAACUCAAACAAAAAUUUCAGCGUAUUUGUGAUAAAACUAUGAUUAAGAGGAGAUAUAUGUACCUAACAGAAGACAUUUUGAAAGAGAACCCUAAUUUAUGUGCAUAUAUGUCACCUUCUUUGAAUACUAGACAAGAUAUGGUAGUGGCAGAGGUACCUAGACUAGGGAAGGAAGCUGCAAUCAAGGCUAUAAAAGAAUGGGGCCAACCUAAGUCAAAGAUUACACACUUAAUCUUUUGCACCAUAAGUGGUGUGGACAUGCCUGGUGCUGAUUAUCAACUUAUAAAACUUUUAGGUCUUCGCCCAAAUGUGAAGAGGUACAUGUUGUAUCAACAAGGGUGUUUUGCAGGUGGUACAGUGCUUCGUUUGGCCAAGGACUUAGCUGAGAACAACAAAGAUGCGCGUGUGUUGGUUGUUUGUUCCGAAAUUCUUACAGCAAUUUCGUUUUGUGGCCCUAGUGACACUCACUUGGACAACCUUGUUGGACAAGCACUAUUUGGAGAUGGAGCCGCUGCAGUCAUUGUUGGUUCUGACCCGGUGCCAGAAACUGAGAAACCUAUAUUUGAGUUAUUUUGGACUGCACAAACAAUUGCUCCUGACAGUGACGGAGCUAUUUGUGGUCCUCUUCGUGAAGUUGGACUAACAAUUCAUCUUCGUAAGGAUAUUCCUGAUAUUAUCUCAAAUGAUAUUGAUAAAAUACUUGUCGAGGCAUUCCAACCCUUAGGUAUCUAUGAUUACAAUUCAAUCUUUUGGAUCGCUCACCCGGGUGGACCUGCUAUUUUAGAUAAAAUUGAGCAAAAGUUAUUCUUAAAACCUGAGAAAAUGAGGUCUACUAGAAAAAUACUUAGUGAAUAUGGUAAUAUGUCAAGUGCAUGUGUGUUAUUCAGUUUGGAUGAAAUGAGAAAGAAGUCAUCUCAGGAUGGACUUAAGACCACAGGAGAAGGGCUUGAAUGGGGUGUGUUGUUAAGCUUUGGUCCCGGGCUUACUAUUGAAACAAUUGUUCUUCGCAGUAUAGUUAUAUGAGAUCCUUGAAUAUUACUUUGAGUCUCUUGAAACAAUUGUUAAGCAUGUGUGUUAAAUCAAUGUAUUACUUUGAGUCUCUUGUGACUUUCUAUUGAUAAAGAAAAUCUUAAGUUUAAUAUAAUUAAUAUGUAAUAAUUAAUGCGAAACCAUUUAGAUCCUUCGAAUGUAUGAGAGAGAGAACAGUGGUCUCUCUCGCUUCUCUCUAAGCCAUUUUCGGUUCUUCUUCUUCUUCUUCUCUUGAAUUCCAUGGAGUGGCAGCGAGUUCAUAAGAGAGGUUUCAGGAAUGCAACACCAAGGUGGGAUGGUUUCCCAUUCGGAGGGAGGCAGAAGGGUAUUGGAGAGAAGAUUUCAUCUUUCUAUUUUUCUGAAUUUCCUGAUAGAUGCAAGGCAGUGGAUAUAUUCAAAUUGUUUGGUUGUGUGGGAGAGGUUGUGGAGGUGGUGAUACCUCCAAGGCGAAACAAAUUCGGGAAGCGCUUUGGUUUUGCAAAAUUUAAGGAGGUGAAGGAUGACAGGAUGACGGCGGUGAGGCUUGAU